AUCUCAUAGAUAUUUUCUAUUUUGCGGCGGAUGGCACGGAAUUCGAACCCUACAUUUCCUAUAUGUUGAAGACUUUGCUUGAGAUUUUCAAUUCAUCUUGACAUUAAAAUUUUACAUUACUUACUAACAAAAUCGUUCUCUUGUUUCAAUUUUUUUUUAACCUGAUUUACAGGUUCGUCACCAAUGACCCAAAAGUUAAUUGUCCGACAUGCAAGUCUACUAUGUCGUACGAUGUAACAUUCGUCCCAUUAAAGGUUGCCAAUACUGGUUUAUCCGGUGAGGGAGGCUACGUUAAAGGUGUCGUAACAUAUAUGGUGAUGGAUGAUUUGGUGGUGAUGCCCAUGUCUAACAUCUCUGGUAUUGCAUUGCUUAGCAAGUUCAAUGUUACAAAUGUUCAAUCUUUGGAGGAGAAGGUGGUGAGUUUUGGGAUGGAUGAGGGUUUGAAGCUGUUAAAGGCGACUUUACAUUCAAAACUGGUGUUAACAAGUGUCUUCCUUGGAGGCAUGAAGACAAUUGUAUCAGAGCCGGUUGUAAUCACGCGUAUGGAUUAAACAGGCCAUGUUGUCCGUAGGUUAUAGAGGGUAGAACGUAGAACUGUGCUAACCCUUGUUUUGCAGCGUUCUUACCCAGCUAUUAUGGUCACAUAAUUUUUAUUGGUUUUAUGUGAUUGGAUCCCACGAUAAUUUUUUCGUGGUUAUUGUUAUUUAUUGGGUAUCACGAUUAUUUUUCGUGGUUGUAAUAAUU